GUUCUCGAGAUCUUGCUCACGUGAAUGAACUGCGUCGUAAAUCGAUCGUCAUCAAUCGAAUCUUAUCCCAGGGCUGCUGCUCUGCUGCUCCUGUACUGGUGCAGCAAACUCGCUUUCAGUUGAUCGCACUUGCAACUCGAAAGGGAGGAAAGGGAGGGAGCGAGGGAGCGAGGGAUCGAGGGAGGGAGGGAGGGAGAGAGAGAGAGGGUGGAAGGAACGGAGGCUCCGAUGGCUCCGAUGGUUGCGCAGAUGCUCUUAUUGGAGCCAUGAAAUAAAUCGCCCAACUGACAAAUUCUGGGACAAGUAUAAGAGCUGCACGUUAUAGUGUCGGUCGCUCGGCGGGAGCAUGUAUUAUACAGAGUCGAGGCGGGAUCAAAUGGUGUCGUCGUGGCCGGUUUGACGUGGAGGUGUUGAGGGCAGAGUGUGCUUGCGGAGGAGUUUAGGGCUGUGGGUGCGAGGACUGCUGAGAGAAGUUUGGCGUUGCAUGGGAGAUGAGAGAGCCAUUGAGCAUGGCCGCUGAGGUAAUGCCCAGCCGAAAGAAGCCAGCUUUGCAGCAUCACCAUCACCACAAUGCCAAUGGCCAGGUCUCGUCUGGACAUCAAAAAAGCCUCGGAGAUGAGGCGGAGAGGGAGGUUGGUGCUCUGCCCAAACUCCAGCGCUGCCCCACGGCUGGGCACAAGCCCGAUAAGUAUGAUGAUCUGGAAGAUCUGGAAUAUCCACCAGCCUUGUACAGUGGCAUGGAGCAGUAUCUACCCGGAGAUCUCUUGAGUGCUUCUCGGGAUAAGAAAAUUUCCUUCCUGGAGCGGAUCUUAGCGAAAUACCGGCCAAAUGGAGAGCGCGCCAGGAAACACCGGGAGUAUCGAGAGCGAAUCCGCUACAAUUACCAGCCCCUUCACGAAGAGCUCUACUCGCUCGAUCCGGACCGUUUCUUCGAUCGUACUUUCCUGGAUGCAGUCAAAGACGGGUCCGAGGAAGCUUUGCGGAAAAUUAUAACGGAGCAUUCACCAGGGGUCUAUACAUUCAACAUGCUCGACGCUACCUUUUGCUCCAUGAUGUUAGAAGAGGUUGAGCAUUUCGAGAAUUGGGCCUUAGAGGCCAAAGUCAAGGUAAUGAGACCCAAUACUAUGAACAAUUACGGGGCAGUACUUGACGACAUAGGCAUGGAAGGGAUGCUGAACGAGCUGAUGAUAAACUUCAUCAACCCUAUGGCUGCAGUUCUAUUUGCAAAUGUCGGAGGCUCAUCGUUGGACACCCACCACGGGUUCGUGGUGGAGUACAGCAUGGAUCGUGAUCUGGAUCUUGGUUUUCACGUUGAUGAUUCCGAAGUCACACUUAACGUGUGCUUGGGAAAAGAUUUUGAUGGCGGUGAGCUUUUUUUCCGAGGUGUUCGAUGUGACAAGCAUGUGAAUGGAGAGUCACGUCCAGAGGAGGUAUUAGAAUAUUCACAUGUUCCUGGGCGUGCUAUCUUGCAUGCUGGGCGGCAUCGUCAUGGCGCUAAGGCCAUAACUGCUGGUCAACGAACGAAUCUUAUUCUGUGGUGCCGAAGUUCCGAGUUUCGGGAGCUGAAGAAAUAUCAGCGUGACUUCUCAAGUUGGUGUGGCGAAUGUCUGGUCCGUCGAAAGGAAAGACGGCGGCGGUUGUCAAACGCCAAGCGGCAGCUGGCAACCUGAGAAGAUGCAAGAACCACAGAGUUUGCUUAACGGCGAAGUAUUGGUUUUGUUAAUUCGAUUUGUAAAUUUAUCAAAUGUGUAUCAGAUAUCAAGGAUCGGCCUUGAUAAGGCAAUCAAUCUCGCAAUGUAUGUUCAUAUAUAGAGCCAGAUUCUUUUGUUUAGACUUAGAUUAGUAGCAGCUCUUAGAAUAUCCUGUCAUGUAAGAUGCAGCAUCUUGCAGAGCGUGUGAAGGAUGACAGAAAUUUACAGCCACCAGGCCACAGCUUUUUGGAAAAGCAAAGCUGAAGUUUGUGGUAGUGUACAUUUGUUAGAGAACAAAAGGGCUUCUUGUCAACAUAUGCUUAUUGGGUAUGGAAGGACUGAUAAUAAAUCCCUCAUAUUGUACAC